AUGAAAGAACGUAGUCGUUCACAAACCAUACCUACAAAUACAGAUAUAAAUGAUCCGGAGAAUUUAGAUUAUGAAGAUAUUGAUGAUAAUCAUUCACCAGGUAAAUUAGAAGAUAGUCAUGAAUUAGAACAAAUAAAUAAUCCGGUGAACAAUAUAAAUGAUGAAAUAAAAACAUCAAUAAAUAAUCAAGAUGAAGAAGAUAAAACAUUAAAUAAACCGCAAGAAAUAAAUAAUAAUACUUCAUCAUCAAUAAUAAUUAAUCCAGAAACAGCAAGUGAUGAAGGAGAACUGGAUGAAGCUGAUUUAGAAGAUGGUGAAAUUCAUGAUCCAAGUGCAUCAAAAAAUCGAACAUCAAUUUCUGAUGAUCAAACAUUAGAACAAAAUCGUAAUCGAAUAAAUACCAAUAUAUCACCAUCACCGCAAGCUAAAGUUCAUUGUCGAUUUUUUCUUCAAGGUCGUUGUCAUUGGGGACCUAAUUGUAAAUUUAUCCAUCCAAAUAAUGAUUUAACAAAAAAUUCAAGUGGACCACCUGUUGAUAGUUUAGUAUCAACAAAUAAUGAAAUUUCAUCAUCAACACCAACUGGUAUUCCUAUACCACAAACAACAACAACACCGAAUUCAUGGAUCUCACCACAAGCAACAACUGCUACAUCUCAAUUUUUUCCUAAUCCGGUUCUUCGUGGUCCAACACAACCAUCUGGUAUACCAUUAGUACCACCUACUGGUGCAGAAUCAGCAUGGGAACGUGGAUUACGUUCAGCUAAAACACUUCGUGAACAAUCCAUGCGGCGUAAACAACAAGAUAAAGAUUUUAAUGAUAAAAAAUUUAAUUUAACUAUACGUGAUGCACUUGAUGACAAAGAUGGAGAUGAUAAUAUUUUAAAUAUUGAUCGAGCAUCUUCAAUUGAUUAUGAUCUGAAUAAUUUGUCUGGAUCAAAUUAUACUGAUCAACGUAACUAUCCUGAUCGAUAUCAUCCAUAUAUAUAUACAGGUUCAUCUGCUAAUCCUCAUUACAAUAAUAAUAAUAAUAAUAAUAAUAAUCAUCAUCAUCGAAUGAAUAAUAAUAAUUCUCGUAAUAAUAAUAACAAUAAUAAUAAUAAUACUAAUACAUUAGCAACAAAUAAUCAUUCUGAUCGUCGUUCACGUCAUUCAGAGGAUUACAUCGAUGCACGAAAUGAUAAUCGAAAUCGAAAAGAAAAUUUAUCAACAAAACAUAGCAAGACAACUUCAAAAAAAGAUGAUUCAUCAGCAUCAACAUCAUAUAAACGAAAUUUAUCUCAACAACAGUAUACAUCCGGUUCACAUCAUAAUAAUGAUGCGCAAUUACAUUUUAAUCCAUAUGGCGGUCGACGAGGAGAUGAUUGGCAAGAUCCAUGGGAUAGAUCAAGAAAUCACGGUAGUGGUAAUCGUCGUUCAUCAGGUGGUGGUCGAGGACCAUCCUAUUCAUCAUCAUCGGCUACAUCAUCUAGUUCAUCUCGAUCAUCUCAUUCACGUUCUCAUUCAACUUCAUCAUCAAGUCGAUCAAGAUCGAGAUCAAGAAGUAGACCAAAACGUCGUUCACCAUCUGUAACACGUGCAACAAAACCAACAUCAACAGCAAAAUCAUCCGAAACGGUUAAAAAUGGUAAUGAAAAAAAAUCAAAUAGUAAUAAAAAAUUAGCAUCAUCACCAAUAACAACAACAAAUAAAUUUCUUCCUGGUCGACAAAUAUCAAGUCAUACAUUAAAAAAAGCAGAAAAAAGUAGUAAUAGUAGUAAUUCAAUGAUUACUAAUCAUUUAAAAGAUCAACAUGGAAAAGAUUCGGAUAUAAAUGUAAAAAAACCAAUAAAAAAAGAAAAUAUUAGUCGAUCGGAUAGUACAAGUUCAUCAUCAUCAUCAGAUAGUGAUACUAAUCGAAUAACACAUCGAUCGUCUAGUUCAUCAUCGGAUAGUUCAAGUUCAGAGAAUGAUAUACGAACAUCAACAAAAACAAAAACAGCUUCUGGUGGAAGUAAAACAACAGCCGGUAGUAGUGGUAGUCAUUCAACAAAAUCAAUUAAUCGACAAUUAUCUUCAGCAUCAGGUGGCGGUGGUAGUAAAAAUACAAAUACAAAAUCAAAAAAUGAUUCUAUAAAUCGUGAAUCAUUAAAAAAUAAAGAAUCAUCAUUAACAUCUGCUAAAAAACGACGUGAUACAUCAUCAUCAACAGGUUCAACCAGUGCAGCAAAAAAGACAAAAUUAAAUAUAGAUUCUCAUAAAUCGUCAACUGAUGCAAAUAAUACAGAAAAUUCUGAUUCUUGUAAAAAGAAAGAAAAACAAAAAAUAUUAAAAAAAUUACAAGAAGUAGAAAAACUUAUAAAUCAACGAUCGACAAAAACGUCAUCUUGA